UCGAAAUCAACACAAUGAUUUGAAAUUCUCUAAGGAGUGAACACACAAAGAGUACGACCGUGAAUAGGUUUUCGCAUAGUGAUCUCGAAUAUCAUUACAGUGAACAAGUGUGAACUGUACGUUUGUACAAUUUUGAAGUGUUUUUUGUUUUACUUUUUUUUCAACUGAGUGUUUUAAGGAUGAUUUCUAUUAAGUACUUGAUUGCUAUCUGCGUGGUGGCCGUUGCUGGUACACCUGAAGAAGACGGCAAAUGGCAUCCCUAUAAAUUUGGAAAUAACGGCAAAUAUAUACCAACUGACGAGGGUAAAUACAUCCACAUACCGAACCCUUACAUACACAUCGAUAACCCCUACAACGGCGGCUUCGGUCCAUACACACACGACUACGAGCCUUACGUCAGCGCGGCUACAGAAGACCGCUACAGACUGGUGAUGACCCCACCCAAAGACAUUCCUUACUACAAGGAUGGAUACUACAAGAACAACGGCAUCAAGAUCAUCAGCCAAAAGCACGUCUACGAUGAGGAUAAAUAUGACUUCAACUUCGAGACUGAAAACAAAAUCCGCGCCAAGGAAAACGCAAUUCUCAAGAACCCCAACACUCUCGACGAAGGCAUCGCUUCAACGGGUUUCUACGAGUACCUCGGGCCCGAUGGUUUCAUGUACAGGGUCGACUACACCGCCGAUGAGAAUGGUUUCCGUCCUAAGGUGAAGAGGUUAGAGACCCCAUACUCUGGAAAAUGGGUUCUAGAAAAGGUCAACUAAUAACUUCAUCCCGGAACCAAACGAUAUUUCCUACAAUCUUCCUCAUCAUGAAUCAGUAUUUUGAUAUAAGUAGACAAUACUUUGUUUCAUUUUAUUUUAUGGAUCCCAUUUAAAUUGAUGACCAAUUCAUGUUUGAGUAUUUGACCUUUGAACGUGCCACGAUUGUGACAUUUUGAUCUGUAUUCAAAUAUGUUAGAAAAUAACGAUCUUUUUGUAAAGACUUAUGUAUCAUUUGUUUGUAGCAGAUCAUGGCCCAUCAAAUAUAUUAUAAGUACAAAAAUUACGUGUGACUCAAAUGCUCCUCCUGGUGAGGAAUGUUUCGGUCUGCUUAGAAUAUUUUAAUUUAUAUUUAGAUGUAAGAGCUUAGAACUUUCGAAUUUAGAAACUUAUUUAUGAAUUGUGAUAAUAAAUUUAUAUUUCAAUAGAA